AUAUCUUUUUUUUUUAUUUUUAUGUUUUCAUAUGUUGUAAACUUUGACUUUAUGGUGGAACAUUUUAGCAAAUGCGUCACUGAUUAAGAGGCCGCGCCCGUUUCCGGUGGUGUAACAGCAGAAGGCAGCCGCCAGUCCGCAACUUCCCAUCCUGGAUCAGCUGCUGCUUGGACUGCUCAUUGAACUCAGUCACACUUGCCAGAUCCCAUCAUGGAUGUCACUUACGUGCUACUACUGAGCAGUCUUGGCCUUGCUCAAGUUAUAGCUCAAGACUGCCUUAUACCAGUAGGCGGAAACAACAUGGGAUUUAAGGAUGAUCUUCCACAAACGUUCCCAAAUGGGACCAAAGUUUCCUUUGAAUGUAAUGUUGGCUACAACCCUGCAGGGUCUCCGAGCAUUACUUGUACUAAUGGCACGUGGAGUCCUGUUAAGCUGACAUGCGAGAGGAAGAGCUGUGGCAGUGCUGGCGAAGUGGAAAAUGGAGAUCUUAAUUAUGAAGGGACAGAGUUUGGCGAUAGACUAGUGGUGACCUGCAAGACUGGUUAUAUAUUGGUAGGCGUUUCACAAUUCACCUGCGGAAAGGAUGGGUGGCUGGGUGGGAGGUUGCCUGUGUGUGAAGCGGUGGCGUGUGAUGCACCACCAAUGCUGACGAAUGGCGACUUUAGUCCAGUCAGUGAUUCUUAUAACUACCCAGAAGUUGUACUGUACAAAUGUCAAAAAGAUUACACAAUGAAUGGAUCGAGCUCAUCAUCAUGUUCAAAGGAUGGAACAUUUAAACCUGCUCCACCAACAUGUAUCAGGGUUCAAUGCAAAGAUCCCGAUGUAACAAAUGGUGAAUGGAUGUCGGGUGCUCGGCCCCCUUACAAAUACAAGUCUGCAGUGACUCUCCAGUGCAUACCUGGAUAUAAUAUGAACGGAGCCCAAACCCAAAGAUGUGAACUAAACAGUCAGUGGGCACCUGGACUUCCAACAUGUGAACCGGUGCUAUGCGAAGAUCCCGAUGUAAAAAAUGCUGCCAAGGAGGAGGGUUCCAAGCCUCCUUACAAAGUCAAGUCUACGGUGACUUUUAGUUGCGUAUCUGGAUAUACUAUGACAGGAACUCGCACCCAAACAUGUGGACUAAAUGGUCAGUGGGCGCCUGGACUUCCAACGUGUGAACCGGUGCUAUGCGAAGAUCCCGAUGUAAAAAAUGCUGCCAAGGAGGAGGGUUCCAAGCUUCCUUACAAAGUCAAGUCUACGGUGACUUUUAGUUGCGUAUCUGGAUAUACUAUGACAGGAACUCGCACCCAAACAUGUGGACUAAAUGGUCAGUGGGCGCCUGGACUUCCAACGUGUGAACUAACGACAACCACCAAACGUCCCACUACCACCAAGAAAACCAUAGAUGACUCUGGGACGGUUGAUCCUCCUGAAAACAAAGGAAAUGGGAUGGCUAUAGGGUUGGGUCUCGGUUUGACCGUCCUCAUUGGUAGUGUCCUCACUGUCUUGGGAUGCUAUUUCUGUGGAGUUCCGGCAUGCAUCAAAGAGAAAAAACGCUCUCGGAGAGGCUUUCCUGUCAAUGCCGCUCCGUCAGCGGAUGAGGAGGUAGCGCUCUCGUAAGCGUCCUGUUGGUCCAGCAUUACUGGCUGUAAAAAUGUCCGGCUGAGAAGACGCCACAAUUCAAGUCACUGAAUGUACUUUGCCGGCCGCUUGCAGCGGUCUCACUUAAAUCACUUCAGCCACGUUUAGGAUCCCUUUCCAACAGUUGCAGUUUUAAUUCAGCCGUUUUGGAACGGUAUUCCAUGUUCGCUAGAGGGGCUCGGACUCUUGAAGUUGAUUUCAAAUGUUUGCACUGCUCAGAGCUCAGAGCUCAGCUCAGCCUGGUCAAUUUAGCUUACGACCUUAAACAAGCGUUAUCGGUGAAGAAUGUUUCCAUGCUUGACCUCUUUUCUUCCAAAUACUCCUGUGGUGAUACAAAUUAUUUGAGUUAAACUUAGAACGCACUUGAUUUGCCUGGAAUUAUUUAUUAUAAUAAAAGGAUUGGCCGAGGCCUGUGUCAUGUAGAUUCUAGUCUACAGGAAUGUACUUCCUUGAGAUAUUGUACAAAUCAGUCGUACAAAACCUGCGUGGCUCAUAAACAUGUUCUAUAUGCCUUUAAAGAACAAAUCAAGUGUUUUAGCUUGUCUGGAGUUACUUUAGCUUCAUGUGUAUGAUAAAUCAUUGUUUAAUGUCA